AUGGAGAUAGAAUUCUGGCGCGAUGUUCUGCCAGCGCGAAAGUACCGUAUCGCAUUACUUCCGAACGAAACUGAAAAGGUGAUUGCCACCCUAGCGCCCAACUCCAAUUACACUGCAGUUAUUCGAACUAAGAAUCGUCGCUAUGGCAGUGAACCAAGCCCAGAAGUCCAUCUGACAACUCCUGAAGGAUUACCGUCGAAAGUGCACAACUUACGUGUGAUGGCCGUUGGAGCACAUGCUAUUUUGACUCUCUGGGAUCCUCCAAGGCAUCCAAACGGUCUUCUGAGAGGCUAUUUCCUUUCCUUCGAGAACGAGAAA